UUAUGCAUCAAUUUUUAUCUACAAGAGAAGAAGAAAACACCAAUUGAUUUGCAAGUACGUAUAGAAAGCAUGUUAAGGGGCACCUAACCAACACAUUAUGACAGUAUAAUAUCCGAAGACACUCACAAGUCAUAAAAAACAUUUGUCAGAAACUUUCUCCACCAUUUCUCUCUUCGAAGUUUCAUCGGAAAAAAUCUCAACAAAACUUCAUUGCUGAAGUACAUCCACUUGCGAGAGGAAAAGAAAGCAUUUCGUCCGACAGAAAAGUAAGGAAAAGAACAAGGUUCUGAAGAUCGACACAAUUACUAGGGCUAGACGCAAAUCACUUCAGAGGGGUAACUCUGAUGAUAAUAUUCCACCAAAAGAACAACCACCACCUAUACAAAUGAUAAUAGAAGAAAAUCCAACAACAAGUGCACGCAAUACGCGAAAAAGGAAGACUCAUGCUAUACAAGAAAUAGAAGAAGAGUCUGGAAGGGAAAUAAUGGAGAACAUUUCUGCUACUGCUGCGGGUGCUUCAAUAAAUUUGAGGACUAGAGUUGGACCUGCUCCAUUUGUAAGGCUAAUCAAAGGAUUAAGUGAAAAACAGAAGACAAUUGUUAAGAAAAUAGGAUUUGGAUCUUUGCUACACCUGAGCUUUGAUAAGUUCCAUGGAGACUUUGUUAAAUUUCUACUGGAAAACCUGAGACCAAUAUCUGCACAGCUCAAGCUUACAACUGGAGAGUUCUUAGAUAUUGAAGAAGAUGAUGUUAAAGCUGUGUUUGGCUUGCCCAAAGGAGAGAAAGAUGUUGUCGAAGCAAAUGGAAAGAAUGAAACAGAAGACUACACUGAGCUGCUGAAAGAAUGGAGAGCAGAGUGGGGCAUUGAGAAAGGCAGCCCACAAACAACAUCAAUGAUAGAAAAAAUCCUUCAGGAUGAUGAUGAUGGAGAUAAGUUCAUCAGGAUUUUUGUUAUCUUCACAGUCUCUUGUUUGAUAAGAGGCAACCAGAGUGUGAACAACAACUUCAAGAUCUUGCUUUCUUUAGUAAAUGUUGGUGAAAUCAAAAAUCUGAACUGGUGUAAAUACACAAGACAGUCACUCAUGGAUGCUGGAGAAGAAUGGCAGGCCUAUCCACCAAGAAUGUUCACUGGACCUUUAUUGUUUCUAAUGAUUUGUUACUUUGAUAGGGUGCAAUUCAAAGGACAGAUUUUGGACAAUGUUUUUCCUACAAUAAAAUUCUGGACCAAAGAUAGAAUCGAUAAAAGAGUGAAAGAUGAGAGGAAGCUGGGAUUUGGACUUGGCAAGGUGAAGCCCAGAAUCAUGCAUGUAGAAGAACAAACUGAACAGAAAGGAGAUGAGCUGUUGACAAAGGAAAUAAGUUUUAUUAGUCAUUUACAUCAAGUACUUGAAGAAACUGAAUAUGUAACACAUGUUGUUUAAAAUGUAACUUCUAUUGGUAUAAGAUGUAAACUGUAGUUGUCUAAGUCAAAUGAUGUUAACUGUUUUAUUAUGACAUGUAAGUCUUGCCUAUCAAAAUGUAAACUAAGGUGUUGUGGAAUGUAAAGUUCUAAAUGA